AAAGUUCCCUCGGUUCACUUUAAGGAGACACUGACUCUCACUCACACCACACGUUGAAAACAGCAGCAGCAAACACGCACUCCCUCCAGUAACAGGAUGGACUCGUCUCCUUUCCUUUAGCCUACCUUUAACUCUGACUGUGACGCUUUUGAAGUCUGCUGGGAGUUCAGGGUUCCGAACGGAUCCAGUGUCCGAUGUUUCGCUCCUCUACCUGACUUUUACUUUGAUUGAACUAUCCCCUCAUUUUCUUUGGGGCGGGGGGGGGGGCUCUGAGAUGGGAAUGUUUUUUCAGCUGCUGCUUUUGCAUUUCCUCUCGAGUUUCGUAUGCAACGCCGUGGCUUUCGUGGAGGAGCCCUCCGGAGGCAGGUCGGACGGGUACUGCGGGCGGAUCCUUCGGGCGCAGACUCAGGCGACCCGGAAGGAGGGGCACCAUGAGUUCAGGCUCAGAGUGGAAGGAGACCCAGAAACCUACCAGCCUGGUCUCAAGUACAGAGUGGUCCUCCUGGCAACCAGCCCAAAUUAUUUCAGAGGUUUCACCCUCAUCGCAUUAAAGGAGGGCAGAGAAGGCACUACAGAUGAUGACUACACAGGCCAGUUCCAGAUCAUUGAUGAAGAGGACACACAGUUCAUGACCAACUGUGCCCCUGCAGUGACAGAGAGUACACCUCGUAGACGUACAAGAAUACAGGUCUUCUGGACGGCACCACCUCCUGGCUCUGGCUGUGUCAUACUGAAGUCUGUGCUACACGUCCUGGAGGGGAUAUUUGUGGAGGAUGAGAAGGAGAAGAGGAAUGACAUCUCUGUCUUACUGAUGCCAACCUAAUCAGCCUUGGUGAUAAUAAUGACUUCAAGCUUUGUAGGAAACACACAACUAUUCAGCUCU